AUGGCCUCCUCUUCUUCUCAUAUCUCCCACGUCUCCCACGUCUCCCAGGGCCUCCCGACCGGUCUUUCAAAUGUCCUCAACAAGCCCGACGACCAGCGCGAUUCCGCCUACUACUCUUCCAGGGACGCCGCCUCGAGUAAACAUAAUUCCACCCAGUCGAGCAAUGGCAAUCCUUACCGUGAAUCCUCUUCCUCCACCCCUUCUCCCAUUUCGAAUGGCCUGAACACACAAUCUCUCAAUUCUCCUACCUCGGGCACGAUGAGCGUGGCUUCGAUUGUCUCGCCGACCACCUACCAAGGCUACCCGCAUCAAUUCUACGAUCACAACCAACAGAAUGGGGACCCGCGACGCGAAUCAGUCGACAGCAGAUUGGGUGCGAACUUUGGUGACUUGAAGUUGACGAGUUCCCCAUACGCAAGCGCCAACCCCUCCACCACCUCCUUGCAGAGCACACUCGCCCAACAACGAAACCCCGGCUCUGCUCACCCCGAUCGCAACUCCGGCCCUUUCCGUCUCUCCAGCGGCUACCAGCCUAAUUACCAACGUCUACCAGACGGCGGCACGCGCAAUGCCCCCCAGAUCACUGGUCCUGCGUCGGGAGUGAUUGCGCGAGCCCCGGAGCCCACUAGGGGUCAGGCCUGGGCUUUUCCGGAGGAGGAGGUGAAGAGAAUUCCAUCGGGCUCGAGACCUAAUGAUGAUAAAGGCAACCGCCAAGGCACCUCAUUCUUCGACGAUUCCAGGCGCAACUCGUAUGCCGACUCGGUCGCCAGCAGUCAAUACAACGCUGAGUCCCGUCUCCCUGCUGGCCAACGACGCUUGGAUGAGGGUACCCCGGUGUCUGAUUACCAAACGGAAUCGUCCGAGUUUCAGAUGAGCACCCACCACCAUAGUUUGCAACAUAGGCAGCUAUCGGAAUUGCAAGGCGAUGGUGACUCUCCUAAUAGCUCCCAACCUUACUCACGUACUCCCGAACUGCGCGUUUCUCACAAGCUCGCUGAGCGUAAGCGUCGCCUCGAGAUGAAGGACUUGUUUGACAACCUGAGGACAUUGCAAAGCGUCGAGCGGGGGGCCAAGGCUUCAAAGUGGGAGAUUCUGUCCAAGGCAAUCACCGAGCACGAGCGUCAAACCAAGGUUAUUGACGAUCAGAAGAAGCAGCUCAGUCGAGUGGAGCAACGCCUUGUCCGAUCAGAGCAGGACCUUGACAUCUCCAGACGUGAGGUCCAAAGUGUCAGAUCGGAGAAUGCGCAACUUCGAGCACAGUUGGCAGCUAUCCAAGGCAAUGGCUCUGCGGUCUCGUACCAUCAACCUACCCCCCCGGUCCACCAGCAACAUGGCUACAUGCCAGGUCCCGAGCAGCAAGUCCCGCAUCCAGCUCAACAACAGCUUCCACCUCUGCGAAACAUUCCUGGUCCUGAGGUUAUGAACGGAGUUCAAUACCAUGAUCAGCGAGCCAACGGGUACCGCGCAGGGGAUCGCUUCUAA